AUGGUAUCAAAACAAAAUAAGGCUCUAACUCCAAUUAAACAUCUUAUGGGAUCUUCCGCAUACUGUAAAGAAGGCCAAUUCUUAUCGAUUGAUGAGGAGUAUAACUACUUGAAAUCUGAGAGAGAUUUACAUGAAGUGGGAUCUGCAAUAAUAUCAAAAAUCAGCAAAUUAAAGUUUGAUCAACUCUUUAAGAUGUGUCUGGUCUUUGCAAUCACCAGGCUGAGACAUGUCACCACUCAGGAUUGUCUUCCUGAUAUUCUGUCCUUAGGUUACUUCAAUGUGAAUAACAGUGAAAGUUCCAGGAGGCUUUGUUUCUGGAGUGCUGAAGUUAUUCCUGAUGACAUUGAGCAAGCUCGGCAAUGGGCUUUUGAUUAUGUACAACACAUGGUGACGGCAGAGGAAGCAGAGCGUUUCCAAGAAGAAAUAAAAGGUCAGUUUGCCUCCUCCCCAGCAUUCGAUAAUUCUACCUCUCGUUAUGGAAAUUUCAUGUUCUCCUUCGCACUGUCAGACCUGCUGGAGGCCUAUCAACCCCAGCAUUGCCAGAAUGGAGAACCUCAGCUCAGAGUGCUAGGCACAGAGAUGUACACACAGGAGAUUGCUCACAUCGUUGUUGUCCACAGUCCUGAUACUGACCUGUACCAUGACCUCCCAAGGGUGGAAACAGUUCCCAGCACUGCAGAGUCCCUGCCUUUUAUCUAUAGGUGAGAGGAAGAUGGGGAACUGUGCUGGAGACCAGAAUCAGUGCAAACAGUGCUUUAA